AUGAGAGGGGACCAGAAGCUCAAGCACGACAUGGCCCUUGGCGCCUCCAAGAAAACAGCAACUCGUCGAUAUCAAAACAAUAAGAAGAUAGAAGUGAUCCACCUAAUGGAAGAUCUUCUCCUCGAAUUAGGCUUCGAGUUGAUCACAAAGACUUUGAGUGGGAAGAAUGGGGUGAACAGACUCGAAAGUAUAUUAGAAGCUUCUCGUAAUGGGUCUUCCAUAACUUUCAAGUCUCUUACAACGGGGCUUGUCAAGACAAAUCACAAGUUACUCAAAAUCGUAAGUAAGUCGAAGUCCGAAUACUCCGUGAAUUCAAAAGUCUUUAACAUUCAGAAGGUCGUUGAAUUGAAUCAUCCAGAUCUUGACUGA